AUUCGAAAGUUUCUAUUAAUGACUGGUACAAAAAAUUGCUUGAUUUGGGUUUAAAGAGUUUUUUUUUUUUCAUAAAUAAUGGUCAAUUUUUUUUCUUCAGAAAUAUUUUUUUUUUCUUAAAUUGUAAGAAAUCCCAUUUUUCAAAAGUAUCAUUAUGGAAUCAGGAAAUAAAUUGAGAGAAUCCUCUCAAGCCAAAGCUGAAGCAGAAACAACAGCAGUAAAACCAACAUCAACACCAGCGAAACCAUCAAUGACGAAGUUAACGUUCUUCAAACUAAGAAAUGGCUUCCUGCAAAUUCAAAAAUUGAAGAUUGAAAAUAAAAUCGAUACUUUAAGUAAAGAAAUAUACGAGUUUAAAUCCGAGUUAAAAAAUUUACUUUCUGAUAAAAUAAAUUUGUCAUCAAGCGUUAAAGAAUCAUUCAUAGCGAAUGUUGUGAAAAAUGUUUUGAAAUUAUUAAUAAAAGUAUCAAUUUAUCCAACAAAAGAUGAAUGUUAUGGAGCGGUUAAAGGAUAUUUAAUACUGAACUAUGCGAGUUUUUUCUCUAAUUUUACUGAAGACGAUUGGAUCGCGUAUUAUAACGAGAAUAUACAUAAACAAGCUAUUUUUUCUAUAUUCGGAUUCCGUUUACCACCUAUAAACACAAAUGCCGGGCCGUCUGAAGUAGCAAAAUGGAAGAGAAAACCCGAAGUUAAAGAUUGUUUUGAAGGUCUGUUCAAAAAAAUGAAUCCCAAGGACAAAAAUUCUUCGAUUGUUUUAGCAAGCGUUAUUGACAGAGCCCUCCAAAAUGACCAUUCUAAUGCAGAACUUGCAUAUGUUCUUGCGAUCUGCUCAACAAUUUUAAACCCAAAUUAUGCCGAAAUAAUGUGUAAAAAGAAUAUCAUGAAACAAAAAGUUAAAAAAUUUUUAAAAAAAAUCAACAGUCAAACGGGCAUAAGAUAUUCCGAUUUUGAAGAUAAUAGCUAUGAGGAAGAAGAAAGCGGAAAUGAAACUGAAGAUGAAGAUGAUGAUGUAUAA